UAAAGGUGGACUACUACAUUUUGGCUCAUCGUGACGCGAGGCGGCCCUGUUGUUGACAUGGGCCACAAUGUGUACCGUGAUCGCGUGCUUCCUCAUUCGCCACGUUGUCAAAUGCUUGAUAGCUGUGUGGAAUUCCAGGAAAUGCUCUUCCUGUGCUGUGAAGCCCACUGACAACCUGCAGCACCUGGAGGAGAAGGGGGAGGCGCCCAGUUCCAACAGCCACUAGCAAGAUCUUGGAGCAUAGAAGUCGCCAAUAGGCUCAAUAGGACAGCUCCAAACUGAUAGUGUGUGUGGCGAGCUGAAGGGAGAGCUGAAGCGAGCGUGGAGAGGCGGCGGGGCUUUCCUUUUCCACCAUCCUCUGCUUUUCCUUCGGCCCCCGUGGAAGCACUCAUCCACACCACUGCACUGAAACACACUCAUCACUCUCUUUUCCUUCUUUCCGUUCUGUCACUGUACUUGUUCUCUCUCUUUCUAUCCAUCCAUCUGUCCAUCUUGCUUUAGGAACAGGUCAGCUGAACCUAAGCAUCACAAACCAGUAAAGACCAGUGAUACCAGUUGUCGAGCUGCAAGCUGAGUUCCUCCUGCUCCGGCAAUGCAGUGAAAUAUUUUGGUACAGCAGUUGAGCAGCCCCCCAGCCCAGAGUCUGGCUCGGCACCGCAGGAUCCCACAGGCGAUGAGGCGGGCCAGGGGGUUUAUCUCUUUCUAGACUUUCUCUUCUUCCACCUUGUGUCUUCAUGUUUUGGGGGUCCUCCGGUGCCCCCGCCCUCUGUCGACCCCCCCGCACCCACUGCCACCACGGCCGGCCACCCCAGUCGCCUCGUUGCCAUGCCGACAGAGACACUGGCUCCAGCCCUGCCAGAUAGCAAGGCCGCCGGCCCCGCGACGGCCUUCAGUUCCACCGUACCCCUCCGCAUCCUCAACAAGGGCCCUGACUACUUCAGGAGACAGGUGGAACCUAACCCAAAGCGUCUCAGUGCUGUUGAGAGACUAGAAGCUGACAAGGCCAAGUAUGUCAAGAGCCAGGAAGUUAUCAAUGCCAAGCAGGAGCCAAUAAAACCACCCGUGAUGGCUAAGCCUCCUGCCGGUCAUACCCUCCUGGCCAAGAGAGGCUCUGGGAUUAGUGGAGGAGGAAAUGGAGGCGGGAUACCUUUCAAAGCAUCCAAUAACAACGCAAAGUCGGACACAUGUGCAACAAGCAGCGGCAGCAGCAAACGGGAGAAUUUAAAUCUGGAGAUCCUUAAAAAUCUGCUAAACUCAUCGUCCUCUUCAGGAGCGGGAUCUGAAGGACUAGGAGGUGGAGCUAAGAGUGCUGUGUUGAUGAGGUCAUCAGGGGGAAUGGCCAGGAGUUGGACGCCAUCAGGGAUGCCGUUAACCUACCGAUCUACAAUGGCGCUUAAUGAGCAACCGCCAGAACUAGCUCCCAGUCCGAGCACCUCCCACUCCCUCCGGUCCUUCUCCCAUUCCCUGAAGGUUCCUCCGAUCAACGGCGGGGGACGCCGCAGCCCACAACCGGGAGGAAACCUCAACCUCAGCAGACGAGGUGAAGGAAUCAUCGACCGUUCUCGCUCCCCGCUGCCGCCGCUUCUCACCUCCCACUCCUCGUCCGACCUCCUGCGGCUCUGCAACGGCAAGCCCCUUCGCGCGGCCCGAUCCAGCAGCUCCUCAGCUCCGCCCCUCCCUCCAAAACCCAACCCCACCUCCCUCCCUCCUCCCGCGCUUUCCUUGUCGCUGCCUCCCCCUCGUCCAACUCCAUCCCCCUCUCUCUGUGACAACGUCACCCCUCAGUCGCUACCUUGUGAUUUCGGAGGCCCUUCCCAUAUCUCAACCGAUGCCAAUGUGGAGCUCGAGCUUGGUUCAUCCGUGGCUCGUCGCUCGUCGCUGCACAGAUCUAAAUCGGACCUGUCGGACCGGUACGCCCGGGCCGGAGCUGACGUGGAACGCUUUUUUAACUACUGCGGCCUGGACCCAGAGGAGCUGGAGGCGGUCGGUCCGGAGAACUUUGCGCGGGCCAACUCGGACAUCGUCAGCCUGAACUUCCGAUCCGCUUCUAUGAUCUCGUCUGACUGCGACCGGUCGCGGCGAUCGUCCAACGACGGGCUGUCGGACGGGGAAGAGGACGAGGAGGAGGAGGCCGGAGAGCGUGUUCCGUACGGCAUCUCGGCCGUGGAGCGAAACGCGAGAGUCAUCAAGUGGCUGUACAGCAUCAAACAGGCGAGAGAGACGCAGAAAGUCUCUCACGUUUAGAACAAGCACUACAGUGGCUAGGAUGUACUUUAAACUACAGACAAACCGCCCCAUGUUUCAGAACCGAUAGACGGACCAGAAUUUCUCAUAGGUUUAGGGACUGUGAUCUUGGCGCCGAACUAAAAGAAAUUGUGAAAAUGCAUAGAUGGAUGAAUGAAUAGAUGGAAGAGAAAGCUGACAGGUCUAACAAACUUGGUGAAAAAAACAGAUUUUUUUUUUUAGAAAUGAAUAAAGAGAUGAUGAAAAGGACUCUAACCAAUAAGGUUUAGAACAACAUGAACACUAUGAACGGACAGAAAUAAAACUUGGACAGUUAACAAAAUGUUCCGUCUGGAGAGACAAACAACGGGACAUGUCUGAAAAGAAACUAGACAGCUGUAUCUCUCUGGACACUGAAUAAUAUGACGGACAAAGUCUGUCAAGAGCAAAAUGCACUGCGAUUGUCUAAGGACCCAUAAAGUGACCACCUCACUACAAAUGAUCAUAGGCCUUUCUCACAGAGAACAAUUGGGCUUGACUAAUCAAAGCCUUUUUAAUAAGUGGGAUUAUCUUCCUACAUAGAGCGCUAGGUAGCUAGCAAGCUAUCUGUUCAGUCCACGCUGACUUCAACCUUCGUUCUGCCAUCUCUGUCCUCGGUCACAGCUGUCCAGUCGGCAGCUCCUGAGAAGCCGAGAGGACGCCAGCUAGGCAAACUGUUCUAACCAUGCAAACACGGUAGAAAUGUACUGCGGUGUCGCGCGUGCGUCUCCGAGUUAGUGUUGAUUGAUACAUGUGGUAAAACAGAAGUGUGUAUGUUCCAUGAGUCGGGGCGAGGGACUGACGUGAAAAACCCUUAAAAAAAACGUUUUCUAUGUGGAUUGAUCAGCGUAUUUCUUUGACCAAUGUUAGGGCUGUCACUUAGUCAUAAGUUGUUUUAUGCCCAUAAAUAUUCAAAAUGCUUGAUAUGCAAUUUAUCGUAACACAUUAUAAAGCGUUUUAUGAUGACUUUUAAGGUCAAGUCUCAUAAUACCAACCAGCCAACCAACAUUUAUUUAUAUUGCCCUUUACUGCAACCAGCAGGUAUCCAAAGUGCUUUACAUCAAAGACCAAUAAUAAAAAACAUAACAUACAGUAAAAUCUGAAAAGGUUACAUAAAAGCAGGAGGAAGAAAGGAAAAAUGUCCCAGCGCUACUAUGUAUUAAAAGCCAUUCUAAAUAAAUAAGUUUCAUAAUUGCUGGUCACUCACUCACAUUUCUUUUUGCAAGCAUCAUAGAGUAUUAUGGUUUGCUGGUUUGCGGUGCCUCCACUGCCUCACUAAGUGACAAGCUUAACGGGUGACUGCAGAUUUGUUGUGUUAAUGUUACCGUAAGGCAGUCAGCGAACAGCUUUACUUUUAUCCACCAUUUCUUCAAAUCUAUGGUGUCAAAUCCAACAUUCUUCUCUCCAUUACUAAUAAGAUGGUUUGGUGCCAUGAUUACCUGUUCAGCAUAGCUCACUAGUUACCACCGUUUUGCGAUAGCAAAGAGAACAACAGCCUAGUAGAUCAAAGUGGAAUUAACCAAUACCCCCGGCCGCUGGACUACAAGGCUGUUGCACUUUUGAAGUAAUUACAGAUCAAUACAUUUGACUCAAUUGAACAGUACUUUGAAUUUCAGAUAAAAAGUGACAACGCUAACCGACUUAAUGUUAACUGCUCCUAGCUUCUGUGUAAACUGAAGCUCACUACUUGUUGGUCAGGGCCACAAAUGUCAGAUGUCCACUUUGAGAAAGGCCUAUGUCACAGUGUUGAUGUCUCCGUUUAAACAAACUUUUAAAAAGGGUCCUGACAUCAUUUGCAAAACAGAUAUUGAACUCUAUCUGUCAAAAAUGAGAACUCCCAUUGGAAAGUCAAUGCUGGUGCACUGUUUGAACAUAACAAGGUCAGUUACGGUGAUAUUUUUGUUAUUGGUGACUGUUGAAGGAACAUUUCAGCCCUAACUAAAUGGGUUAGUUGUUGUAAAACUAUGACACAGCAAAAUGUUGACAAACUCAUGAAACACAAGUGAUGAUGAGCUAGCUUUAGCUCUUGUUAAGCUAGAUAUUGUAUUUGCUAAAUGAAGGCCCUGUAGUGUGUGAUGACUGAGUAAUGAAGGAAACCGUUGACACUGAAUGAUUUGGACAGAUAUACACACGAUAUCAAAUAUAAUCUCUCAAGCAUACUUAUCCGUACAGCAUUAAGGUUACAACGUCAUAUCAUUGUGCUCAUACGUACAUUAUAAACAAUUCUGUCAUCAACCUGUUCAUGUGAACCAACGAAACAUAUAACUGGAGAGUUUUAGUGUCCUGUGAUUGGAUAUGGUUAUUCAGAGGCUCCACACUGAAGAGAACCCUGCCACUUAACAUUCAAAGAAUGAAUGCAUGUCAUUUGGGGGAUUUUUUUGUUGUUAUUUAAAUGGUGAGAUUUGGUCAAAUGGUUAAAUGUACUAAAUAUUGUAGGAGGCAUAAUGAAUCACUAAUGGCACGUUGGUUGGGGUAGUUCAGUUCAAAUGAACUCUGGUGCGUUUGCCCAUUUAAAGCUUUAGUGUGUAACUUUUUUAUAUUAUUGAACGUCCGUUACAUUCAAGCCAUUGCCAAAUGAGUUUCUACAAAGCAAAUUAAGUCUCCACACAACUCUCUCUG